GACGGUAAAGUAAAGGUUAUUAGAGCAAUGAAGAUAUGGAGAUGAGAAGGGAAAUUCAAAUGCCCGCCUCCAAGACCAAACACCUCAGCUCUCUCUUCCGGACCGCUGCAAAAACCAAAGCGAAAGUUAAACCACCUAAACCUUCUUCUUCUUCUUCUUCUACCUCUACCUCUACUUCUACCACCUCCCUCGUCGUCGACGACCCAGCUCUCAAACACUUCGUCUUCUCGGUCCACUCUCCUAGUCCCGACUCCCUCAUUUCCAGAGUCCUCUCUGAGAAGAGCGUUAAGAUACUUUCACAUUCUACUUCAUCAGAAGAAGAAAACCCUCCUCAAGAAUAUCAACCUGCUUUUGCUCUUUCAACUCCGAAAGUGGCACCCGUCCUAGAUAAUGAGGAACCAACAAUUUUGGAUACUGCUACGAUUUUUGGUCUGACUACGAGGAAUGUGCUCUCAAACAAGAUAUCUUCUAUAUUAAAUGCUGAUGCUGUGGAAAGUUCACCUGAUCAAGAAAUUGUUGGUGAAAAGUCGCUAGGGAGAGAAUUAGAAAUACCAUGGUUUCCGUCUAUUACAAAUGGCCGCAUAUCAGUGCAUCGUAAAGAAGUAGUACGUGAAAGAAAGCAAAAGUGGGUUUAUAAAUGCACCCAGGUUGGUCGUUUUAAUACAUUAGUUAAAAUGUGUGCUGAUAAAGUAGGAUCGGACAUUGCUGUUGAGAUUUUUGGUAAGUUGGGACGAGAAACUGGUGUAAAAGAAUACAUUUCAUUGAUUAAGAUCUGCAUAGAGAAGGCUAGGAGCACCACUGACGAAGAGGUUGCUCUAGAACAGAUCCAUAGGGUUUUUCGUUUUUUUAAAUCAAUGACGGAAAAAGGUUUUCCACUAGAAGAGGAAACUUAUGGUCCCUUUCUAGCUUACUUAAUUGACAUGGCUAUGGUUGAAGAAUUUCAUUUCUUUUGUGAAGUUAUCACAGAUGCAAAUUGUAUUUCAUUUUCUAAGUUAGGCUAUUAUGAGAUGUUGCUAUGGAUCAAAGUCAAUAAUGAAAAAAAAAUUCAAGAGCUGUGUCAUUACAUUGUCAGCAAGGAAGGUCAAGCCAAGUCUAGCUUACAAGAAAAUUACUUGUUAGCACUAUAUGAAGGAGGGCGAGAUGCGGAGCUUUUGCAGCUAUUAAAAAUUGUAGACAUUACACAAUUCUCUUCAGUGGACUGUGUAGAUAUUAUCUUUAAAUCAUUGGGAAAGCUACAACUGGAGUUGCUUGCGGAGAAGUUCUUUCUUGCACUUAAAACUCACGAUUCUGGACAAGAAAAUUUUACACAUUUGCUCUACAGUUAUGCUGUUGGCGAUCCAAAUUUAGCGGUUGAAGAUGUCAUCUUAACGUUCAAAAACUUGCACUCUAAAUUAGAGGUGACGCCUUCCAGUGCAUCUUAUGAAAAGCUUGUCAAAUACUGCUGCGAUUUACGCAAGGUGCAUGCUGCUCUUGGUUUAGUUGAUGAAAUGUGUGAAGGAGGUUUGACUGUCUCCACAGAGGCAAUAAACAACCUUUUGCUUGCUUGUGGACUAAGCCACAAUUUCAACCUGGUUCAUCGAGUGUAUUCUCUGAUCUGUCAUCACAACUUACAAUCAAAUGCUGAAACUUUUAGGAUGAUGAUAAGUUUGUGCGUGAGAAUGAAAGAUAUGGCUGGUGCAUACAACCUACUCGGCGAUUUGGAGAAAAUGAAAAUGGUGCCCACUGUCAACAUGUAUAAUGUUAUAAUGGCAGGAUAUUUCCGCGAGAAAAACUUUAGCGGGGCUUUGAUGGUUCUCAAGCAAAUGGAAGAAUCAAAAGUCAAACCGGAUUCCAAAACUUUAAGCUAUUUAAUAAGCAAUUGUGUUUCUGAAGAAGAUAUUAAUAAGUACUGUGAACAACUGAAGCAUUCUGGAAUCCAAGUUACAAGGGAUGUAUACAUGGCGCUCAUAAAUGCAUAUGCAACUUGUGGACAAUUUGAAAAGGCAAAACAGAUAGCCUCAGAAAAAUGGGUUCCAGCAAAUCACUUGACAGAAGUUAAGGGUGUGCUUGUCCAAGCACUUGCAUCACAUGGGCGAAUCUCCGAUGCCCUCAAUAUGUAUGACAAGAUGAAACAAGCUGGAUGCAGUUUAGGUCCCAAAGCUGUUAUAAGUCUUAUUGAGCAUUAUGAAUCUGAUGGAGGGUCAAGUACAUUAAUUCAGUUACUAGAGGAAUUGAAUGAUCCUGAAUAUUGGUUUGAUGGUUGCUGCCGAGUCAUUUUAUAUUGUGUUCGAUACAAAAAUUUAAGUGCUGCAGUUGAUUUGCUUAUGCAACUCAAGCAUAAAGCCUGUUAUGAUGAUGAUAUGCUUCUAGAAGCUUUCCUUGAUGAGGUGUUUUGCCUAAUUGGAGACUUGGAGUCUACACAUUUACAGAUAGGUCUGGAAUUACUUAAAGUUGUCAAGGAAAAUCUUGGUCUCUCGCCUCCACGAAAAUGUCUAGAUUUUCUUCUCCAUGCUUGUGCUAACGCCAAAGAUUUGGAUAAUGCCCGUUUGAUUUGGAAGGAAUACGAUGCAGUCGGCCUUCCCCAUAACAUUUUAAAUUUCAUUAGGAUGUAUCAAGCUCUGUUGAUUGCAGGGGACCAUAAGGCUGCAAAGAUCUUGCUUACUAAAAUUCCCAAGGACGAUCCCCAUGUUCGACUUAUUAUCAAAGCAUGUCAAACAACGUACUCAGAGUCCAUAAAAACAAAAACCAAUACAAAGAAAAUGAAAACAGAAAAGAGAUGAUCAAAUGCAUAUGCCAAGAGAAUAGGGGGAGAGCACAAAUAGCAAAAAAAAAAAAUAAUUUGGAUGCUGUUUUGUCCUAAUUCGUCAACCCAUUGAUUUAAAUGGGGUUAUAGUACGUUUGAAUGUAGCCACUGUAGUUAGCAAGUGCUGUUCAACCAAUUUUCAGCUGAAAAAAUUUCUGUUCAAACAAUGAGGUACCUUAAUUUUUCAUAAUAAAAUAAUGAGGUACCCGUUUUAAUUCAGAAGCUUAAAUCCA